CUGUUGUCAGUCAUUGAUUGUAACUGUUGGACGACGCCAGCAAAUGACGGUACAAAACAGCACCGCGCGCUCAAUCAAAACACACAUACAUACGCUUAAAUUAUUCAAAAAGAAACAAAGUUUUUUCGGUCGCUUCAGCAGCGCAGUUGUUCGCCAAAAUACAUACCGACGCACACACGUACGCGCGCAUAACGGCAAGUGUAUGUAAACAGUCAAUAACAACAACUACAAUAACAACAGCAAACAGCCAAACGCCCCAGUCAGUGAGGCAGCCAAGCAGUGGGCCAGCCAACCAGCCAGCCAUUGAGGCACUCAGUCAGUCGGUCGCUCGUCACUCGUCGCUCGGUCAGCUGUUUUGUGUUUUGUUGUCUCCGCUCGGUGUGUGCGCUCGCAGUGCGCAUCUCAUAUGUAGCGGUGCCCGCCACCUUUGCGACUACAUUUUUAUUCGAGCAUUACGAGCGCUAAGUGUUGUGUGUGUCGCGCGCGCGUCUGUCGUUAACGUUAAGCCGCAACUUGUACAUUCUCAGUCGAAUUUAAAUAAUUUCAUUUUAAUUAAUUAUAAUUUAUUUUAUAGUAAAACAAGGCAGUCAUACGUUCAACUAACAAAAAAUCAAACACACAAACGCAUAGUUUCAAGUUCAAAUGCAAAUUCAAAGCGUGGCAAAGUGCUUGUGUUGCAUGUGAGUGUGUUUAUGUGCGUACGCGUUGUCAAUUGAUAUAAAUAUUCAGAUUUAGUGCGAAAGUGUUGCAGAAAAAAAUCCAACAAACAUAAAAAAUCAUACAAAUACGCGCCUAGAUACAGCGGCAGCGCGCAACGGAAGUUCGAAAAGGCAAUAGAAACAAUUCUCAAAAAUAACUUAACACGAAGCCAGUAAAGUAAAGAAAGCACUACUCAGCUACGCAAACAACGACAAAGCUCCCGGAAUACUUCGAUGAGUUACACAGCAAUAGCAAGAACAAGAAAAAAAUAAACCAAAAUUUGCAGAAACCAACAUAAAUUAGUAACAACAACCGCAAAAGGAUACAACAACAAAAACACAACAUAGACAAAGAAUUCUCAACCAAUUAAUAAGUGAACUAAAGAAAGCAAGCUUAAUAUUUAAUACAACAACAACUACAUUAAAACCAACAACAAUAAUAAGAAUGCGCUUAAAACUUUAAAACCCACAGACGACAACCACAAACAUAAAUAAAGACACACUUACAAACAAACAGACAGACAGACGGCCGCAGACAAAAGUCAAGUCAUUUCGGAAUACGAAAUUACAAAUUUAUAAGAAAUUACCAAAACAAAAGCAAAUAGCAACAACAACCAUUAAAUAGUUUGAAAAACGUGCAGCCGCAAAACGCGAGCGAUUAAAUUUGCAUUAACAGCACGCAGCAACAACAACAACAGCAACAGCAUAAAAAAUAAGCAAAUAGUCUCAGCUUACGAACAAAGGGCGGAGGCAAAGGAGCAGCCAAAUAAUUGAAAUAAACCUGCGACCCACAGCAACAACAACAACAAUAGCAGUAGGUGCAACAACACGUUCGUUAUAAUUAAAUUAUCACGACGCGACAGUAUUCGACAACAAAGGCAACAACAAAUCAAUAUAUUAACAUUGCUAUAAAAACGGCAACAAAAGCAAUAACAGGCAGCGCAAAUCCAAAACGGUGACAGCGCCAUCUACUUGCAUACAGACAGACAUAUUUACCAGCAACAACCAAUUAAACAAAAAUAAAAUAAAAUAAAGUGCGUUUGCACCGGCGGCGAUUACGCUUGAUACAUACUUACAUAGAAUAAAUCACAAGCAGUCGCGACAACAAUAACAACAGCAAUAAGCAGUACAGUAACAGCAACAAAAUGCAUAUAGAAAUUCAGGUGGCGUUAAAUUUCGUGAUUUCGUAUCUUUAUAACAAACUGCCAAGGCGACGUGUGAACAUUUUCGGCGAGGAGCUCGAGAAGGCGUUGAAGGAUAAGUUCCAAGGCCACUGGUAUCCGGAGAAACCCUUCAAGGGUUCGGCAUUCCGUUGCUUGAAAACUGGCGAUCCGAUCGAUUCGGUUUUGGAGCGUGCUGCGCGCGAGAGUGGUGUACCUAUUGCUGAUAUUUUAGAAAAUUUGCCUGCCGAGCUGUCAGUUUGGGUGGAUCCCGGCGAGGUCUCCUACCGCAUUGGCGAAAAGGGUGCUGUGAAGAUACUCUACUCGGAAAACAGUGACAAUCAUGAAGACAACACAUCGGCCGAUCGUGAGGUCAAUAAGACCUUCAAUCCCGAAGCGCAAUGUUUUCGUCCCAUCGAUGCGGUCAAUACGAGCAUGAACAAUUUGAGUUUGAGUCCAAAGACUUCACCACAUGCCGGAUCAUCUCCACAUUCGGCCUCCUCCAAUUCACCCACCUACAAAGGUAGUCCCAAUCCGGCUGCAGCCGCAAACGGUUCGUUCAUGCAGCGUACACAAGCGCCACUAACAUUCACAACAGCCACCUUUGCUCAGACCAAAUUCGGUAGUACCAAAUUGAAAACCAGUUCCAAGCGUACCAAUAGCAGCAGUUCGUACCGCAUGUCGCCCACUGAGUUCUCCAACUACAUUAAACAACGUGCCAUGCAACAACAACAACAGCAACUACAUCACGGCGGCCAUGGUAACCCGAAUCUAGCGCAACCACCGAAUCACUUCGGUCCCAUCGGACCCGUCUCGCCAGCACGUUCACUCUCACCGAAUCCACUCUCACUGGGCUUGGGUCAGAAUGGCGCCACAGUCGAUCCCUUCUACUUCCCCAACAUGGCCUCCAUGGGCAUGUAUCCACAAUUCAACGGACAUCGAAAUGUCUUCGACACGCAUUUCCAUGCCGCCGACAAUAAUGCGCUCUACGGCGGCGGCGCUGCCAAUCCGGCCAACGGCGGUCACGGCAAAUUCAACAACUACCUGGAUCCACAUGGCUUCUACGGCUUGGGCGGCAAUCAGCAUUUGCAGCAAGCCGCUGCGGUGGCGGCUGCUCAUCAGCAACAACAACAACAGCAAUCGCAAAUGGCACCACCACCCGGCGUUGUGGGCGCACCGUUGUCGGCACAGCAACAACAACAACAACAUGUCAAUGGCAACAGCAAACUUGUGGUUGAGAAGAAUGGCGCAGACAACAACAGCAGCAACAACGGCAAUAACAACAGCAAUAACGGCAUAACUGUGACCGUUUCGAAUGGCAGCAGCGCUGCCGACACAACAAACACCGUCGUCACCAACAACGCAGUCAACAGCACUGCCCAGCAAACAACAACACCAACAGCCGUCAGUCCGUCACCAUUGGCUGCCGCAGCCGCUGCUGCCGUCGCCGCCAGCGCUGCCGCCGCCGCCGCGGCCAAUAGCAGCCAACAACAGCAACAACAACAACAAGACUCAAACAACUCGAAACUGAUCGACGGUCUCAACUCGUUCUAUUCCAAUGCAGCCGGUCCCUACCAGCAACUGUUGGUGGCCAACUAAGGUGUUUGUAAUAUACAUAUUUUUUAUGGUUCUUUUUCACAUUUUUUUACCGUUGGUUAGUAGCAGCGUGCGCGUGGCGUCGCUGCAGUAGGCAAGCACAGAAUUAUUUUUUUAAAAGCUUAUUUUUUUAGUAAAAAGUAAAAAGAAAAAACACUGCAAAAGCAAAAACAAAAACAAAAAUUAUUAUAAAUAUAUAUGUAUGUAUAUUGUAUGUAUUACAAAAACAACAUAGCUAAUGUGCAAAACAAAAACAAAUAAGGAGAGGGAGCUGUAGCAAGAAGACAGUGCAAAGCGUCAACUUUUUUAAAGCAAAAUUAUAGCAAAAACAAAAACAACAAAUACAAGUUUAUAAAUAGUGAAAUUCUGCUAGUGUAACUGUAAUUAUUACAACAAAAUAUGCAAAUUAGCAAAACAAAACACACAUACAUAACUACAAAUAUAUGAAGGCUGUGCUGGAAGACAGCAGAAGCAAGCGAAAAAUUGCAUGAUAGCUACAACAACAAAAGCAAAAAUGCAAAAAAAUGCAAAAAAUAAGAAAAUUACUAAACUACAACAACAUAUAAAUAUAGAUAAACAUAUAAGCGGCGUUUGGCAGGCAGCGCAGCGCAGGGCAAGAAGUUUUGUAAUUAUGUGUGUACUCGUGGCACCGGCGGACGGACAGGAGAAAUGCUGCAGCGCGUUGUUUUUAUAAACAAUUUAGAUAUUUAUAAAGCAAAACCAAACCAAAAAACAAAAACAACAACAACAAAAAUUAAAACAACAAUAAAAACAACAACAACAACAAACAAGAAAUCUAACCUAAAGCAACACUAUCAGCAUAGUAUACAAAAUUUCUCAAGUCGUUUUUUAUUAACUAGUUGUAAACGGACCAAAGCGGAAGCGGCAAUAGUAACGCAAACGGCAGUAGUGUGGCUGUAGUAGCGCAUGCAGCCAAGGCGCAGCUGGCAAAUACAUGCAUAUAUAGUAAAUGAUACGAUCUAGUUAAAGUCUUAUUAUUGAUAAGUUUUAAAAUUAGUCAAAAAUGAAAAAGUGAAAAUCGUUUUGCUGUUUUUUAUACCCACACACACAUUUUUCUAAUAUUCAAAUGUUGUAUGUAUUACAUAAGCGUAAAAAAAAAAACAAAAAACAUAUAUACCAUAUAUAUGAAAAAAUGAGAAUGUUAAAUGUUUUAUAAUGCUAUAUAUUAUUAUAUAACUACUUAUUACUAUUAUUAUUACAUUAAAUUACAUUAUUAUUAUUAUUAUGAUUAUCAAAAACAUUAUUGCUAUUAUUGUAACUAAAAAAGAAAACAAACAAAAAAACGAUGAGAAAUGAAAGCAAAUCUAGUGAAAACAACAGUUAUGUAAGCUAAACGAGCGAACUAUUGUAGAAACUUUAGCAGCAACUUAAGUACGCAUGCAUGUAGCACACACACACAAACAUACAAAACACGCGCGGCAGGCACAGUCAAGCUGUUGGACAUGCAACAGCAAGGCAACUAACAUUAUAUGCAAGAGAAAGGAGUAGGAGGCAGUGGUAAAUGAGCAGACAAGGCUGUAAGACGAAAGCGAGAGAAGAAGAAGCAAGACAACUAACGGUAUAUGCAAGAAAAAGGCGUAAGUGGAGGUAGUAAAGGUUCAGACAAAGCUGUAGGACAAAAUUAUUUGCCAAAAAGGGCGCUCAAAAAGCGACUUGCAGUCCGGAGGUACCAAUACCAGCUCCCUUAAGGUGUAAAUAUUGCAACAACAACAAAAACAACAACAAACAACACUCGUCUUCAGCUUUGUGCACGCCAGCAGCGUUUAUUUCGCAAAACCAACAUCAAAACCACGAACUUGUAUCCUCCAGCCUUUGCGCAUGCGCGUGUGCGCAACAAGAACGCGUCAACUGUGCAGUGUGCAACGCCUACAUGCAUAUAAAACACACAUAAUGUAUCUCCGAAAACUACCUAUUAUUUGUCUAAAAUGUUUGUAGAUAAUUUUUUUAAUUUUUUAUUUAGUUGAAUUUUUUUAGUGCAAAGUGCAAAGUAAUUGUUUUGUAUAGAUUAUUAUAAAUAAAGUUAAAAAGUACAUUUCGUAAUGCAAAUUAAUAUAUAUAAACAUAUAUACAUGUAUGCAAUAUAUAUAAAUAUAUACUUUUUCAUAUUUUUCUAAUUCAAUCAAGUUUGUAAUUUGUUACUGUGUAUGAAAGCGUUUUUUAUUGCUCUAACUAUUAUUAUUAUGAUAAAUAUUUUAAAUAUUUUUUAUUACUAAAUGUUAUUAUUAUAACACAUAACCUACACUUACAUGCAAAAAAAAAAAAACAAAAAUAUUAAUGCUGAAAAAAACAAAAACAAAUGGCAAAUAGCAAAUAGCAAAUCGGCGUUAAUUGCAAAAACAAAAGCAAGAGCAAAAUUAUUAUUACAAAAGCAAGCAAAAAAAAAACAAAAACUGCAAAAGCAAUGCGCUGUUUACUUUGUACAGAGUUUGUUUGCUGUUACAUUGCAACACACACACAUACAUACAUACAAUAAUCGUUUUUAUUUUUAACAUUAAUGAUUUUUUUAUACUUUUUAUACAAAACAAAAACCAAUGUUUGUAGUGAUUAUAUAAAUUCUGAAACUUUUUUAUUGUGAAUAUAAUAAAAACUUUUCCACGUUACAUAAAUUAAUGAAAACAACAAAAAUUCAAAA